GUGUUAAUGCUGAACCUUGUCGUCGUCAAACAGUGGGCUUUGUCAUUAAAGCACCAAAUCCCAUUGAAGCACUGAGUGGAUCGUGUUUGCAUGUCCCAUGUAGCUUCACUUUUCAAAAAGGAGAAAACGAUUUUAACAAUGGAGGAAAAGCCUCUGCCAAAUGGAUUCCAAGUACUAAGAGUAUUUUUGACAUCAGUCAGGGAGUUAAUAACCAUGAAAUAAAUAUUGUUGGAAACAUAAAUCAGAAAAACUGCACCACUGUGUUUUCUGGUAUCAAGACAACACAAGAAACCAAAUACUUCCUCAGAGUCCAGAGAGGUGAAUACAAGGCAACAGCUUGUUCUGCUUCUCUUCAGAUAAAAGUUCAAGAUUCUCCUUGGAGUCCCAGUAUUAAUGUUCCCUCUGACCUGAAGGAGCAUCAGUCUGUCACUGUAACCUGCUCAGCUUUCACUCCCUGUCCACACUCACCUCCUCAACUCACCUGGAAUCUCCAACAAGACUCUCUCAGACAAACAGAGAAAAACACAGAUGGAACCUUUACAACUAAAAUCCAGGAGACCAUCACUCUGUCAGACACACAUGAUGGAUACAACAUCAGAUGUUCUGCCAGAUAUCCUGUGAUUGGAGGAAUCAAGACAGCAGAGACAGAAGUGACUCUCAGUGUUUCAUAUGCUCCUAGAAACACCUCAGCAUCCAUCAGUCCAUCAGGUUUGGUGUCAGCAGGUAGCUGGGUGGAGCUGAGCUGCUCCAGCAGAGCCAAACCUCCACCCAGAUUCACCUGGUUCAGUAUCAGCAAAGAUGGAGCCACUAAUGUGUCUGUGGAGCAGGUUUACAUAAUCAACGCUACUGAGGGAGGAGAGUUUCACUGUGUGGCUACAAAUCAUCUGGGUCAAACCAGAUCAUCUGUGAUCCUAGUUAUCAAUGAAGCAGGGAACGUUUCGUUUUGGACUGCACUACUUGCAUCAAUCGGUGUCAUUUUGCUGAUCUGCCUGGUGAUCUGUGUUUGGUGGUUUAAGUUCAAACAUCCAUCUGCACAACAGACUCUGACUCAUACAGAGAUGGAGGUUCAAACUCCAGAGAAGAAGCCAGACGAAGAAAUCCACUAUGGUGAAGUGAACUUCCUCCCGAGGAGACCUGCAGCCUCCGCCGUCUCAGUGGAGGACAGACAACAGCAGGAGACGGUGUACGCUCCGGUCAAAGUGUCUGCUGAUCGUUCAGAGGAUCUCUACGCUCAAGUGAAGAAAAACUAGCUUAUACAUUUGGAGCAAAA